GACAAGAUGGCUGCGGCGCACCUGCUCGUGGCGGCGGCGGCCUGCCUGUCUCUCCUCGGCCUGCAGGGCGAGGGCAAGUUCAUGGACCCGGAGACUGCGCUGGACAGGAUCGACCCGGAGCUGAAGGCGCACAUCAAGGCCUGCGAGCAGGAGCAGAACGUCUCCAUCAAGCAUUGUCAUGAUGAGUUCAAGAAGAAACAGUACGACGUCAUACCAGAAGACUGCAAGUGUUUCGCGUAUUGCGUCGCCAAGAAGGCUGAAGUGACGGACCAGGAUGGAAAGAUAAUUCCACUGAAACUCAAACAGAAGAUAGACGACAUAAAAGACGAGAAGUACAAGCACUGCGCGCAGAAACUGUACGAAGACUGCAAAACUGCCCCGAGGGGCGAGGGAGGCUGUAGCGACACCAACAACCUGGUGAUCUGCUUCGCGCUGCACGCCAGGGCCCACCAGGACUGCCGGUUCGAGUAGAAGAGGAGGACGAGACCGAACUGGAUUUUCCUCCAGCCAAUUUGUUUUUGUACAUAAAACAAUAAUUGUAAUAGAUCCGUAUUCUGUAAAAUAUUACAUCCUAAGCAUGGAACCCGACUCAAUAAAAUCUCAAUUUACACUC